CACGGAAGAAUAGGAAUAGAUAGUUCUACUUGACAGUUACCUUGCCUACACAGGACGGGUUCACGGUUGACGUCGACGUCAUCGCGGAAGCGGUGUUACUUCACGAAGGCGACGGAUUACUAAGGCCGACAAAGAUCUCCUAUUUAUACCCGCAUACAUCCCCGUCGAAGGAGGGUAAACAAAACAAUUCACAAUCAUGACCAAAUUCCAGAAACUCCUCUCUCCUCUCCCUCUCGGCCAGGGUGGUCCGACCUUGAAGAACCGCAUCAUCAUGGGUUCUUUGACCCGUAACAGAAACCUCGUCCCUCAGCAGGUCAACAUUGACUACUACACCCAGCGUGCCAAAGGUGGAACCGGUCUGAUCUUGACCGAAGGAACCUUGGUCGCUCCCCAGGGUACCGAGUGGCCCAAUGCUCCGGGUAUCUACACCGAGGAGCAGACCGCGGCGUGGAAGAAGGUCGUCGACUCCGUCCACAAGGCCGGCGGAACCAUCUUCCUGCAACUCUGGCACGUCGGCCGUGUCGCUCACCCCGACAUGCCCAUCCAAAAGGCAACCGGCAAACCCGUCCCCGGUCCCUCUGCCAUCGCCGCCAGAGGAGGAAAGUUCCGUCAGCUCAACAACGCCGAAUACGUGACACCCCACGCCGUCGAGAACCCUCACGACAUCGUCAUGGAAUACUCCCAAGCCGCCAAGAACGCAAAAGAAGCCGGCUUCGACGGUGUCGAACUUCACUGCGCGAACGGAUACCUCCCCAACCAGUUCCUUGAAACCGUCUCUAACCAGCGUACCGACAAAUACGGCGGUUCAAUCGAGAACCGUAUGCGUUUCCCCCUCGAGAUCUUGGAUGAGAUCUUCAAGCACUUCAACAAGAAACAAGUCGGUAUCAAGCUCUCCCCAGCCGGUGGCUACAACGACGUCGGGGAGCACACCAUGGAGGAACUCCGUGCUACUUACGUCCCCUUCUACACUAAAUUAAACGAAAUCAACAUCGCAUACAUCCAAACUAUGCGUCCCGGUUUCGGUGACCCAAUGUACGGCGGCGUCCCCCGCUCCCAGAAAGAACUCGAUAUCUUCAAGGAGUUCCGUCACCUCGUCACGGGCCCGAAGUUCUUCGCAAACUAUGAUUAUUCGCCCGAAGAGGCCGAACAGCAUAUUCAGGAGGGGAAGGCGGAUGCGGUGGUGUUUGGACGGUAUAUGAUUACCAACCCGGAUUUCGCGAAGAGGGUUGAGCAGGGAGUGGAGUUUACUGAGCAGGGUAAUCCCGAGAAGGAUGUUCCUUUGUGGUAUGGGUUCCCUGAGGGACACCCUGAGAAGGGUUACUCUGAUUACGAGGCGAAGCUUUAAAUGAGUCGACAAGAGUACACAGUGUUGUAGGAUUACAUAUACCAAAGAUCUAGGAAGAGAACAGUAAUAUCAG